AUGCAUCCUAAAAUACAUCCAACAAUACCAUUAAUACAUCCAAAACCAGCUGCACAUCCUCCAAAAGAGGAUUCUGCUGCUCAUUGUGCAAAAUUGGAAAAAUUUGUUCAUAAACAAUCAGAAGAAAUCACAAAUCUUCAAAAUCAGAUAUGUGAACAGCGAGAGAAAAACGCUGCAAUACAAAAAAGGAUUAAUGAAAUGAAACAAUUCCUCGAAGAAUAUGAUUUACAUUGGGUUGGAGGUCCAGGACCAAAAGAAAGGAACUUUGAGCACGGACUUGAUGAUAUGGAACUAUUCAUGAUUAGAGUAAAGAAGCUAAAUGAGGAUGCAGAAGCUGUUAAACCUAAAAUUAAACAAGAUAAAAAUAUUUCAAAAAUGCAAAGUGAUAAGCCAGUUCUUAUCACUCUAUAUAAUGAGCAUUUUACUGUUAAUAAUGGCGAAGAAAGACCUUACGAUGAAACAUUAAGUACACAAUUUUUCAGAGAUAUUUAUGAUGGAUAUUAUCCAGAAGAAUUCAAAGAUAUAUAUCCAGACGGAUUUGUUAUGAAUAUUGUAGAUAAGCGCACAAUAAAUCAAUUCAAAGGAAAAGCCAGAACAAUAGCAACACCACAACCAAAGAAUGAAGAAAAGAAAGAUCCACAAUAUGUACUUAAUCCAGAUGGAGAAUAUGGUGUUGGCGAUGGAAAGCUUCAUCUCAGACUUCCUUCUGGAAGAGAAAUUUUGAAAUCAAAACCGAAUAUGACAAUGCAUGAAGUUCGGAAAUUCAUUGUAAGCACAUUCAAUCUGAAAAACUUUGAAGUUAUGGAUCCCUUCAAAAACGCUCCUUAUGAUGAUAAUGCAACUCUGAGCUCUUUGAAACUAUAUCCAAAGGGAAUAGUGAAUGUCCAAUUAUCAGAAAAAUAA